AUGACCGCACCCUCUGAACGGGAACUGGAAGCCGACCGUCGCCACCUCGCCCGCACAUUGGCUCAAGUCCUCAAGCCCCAGAGGCCUCCCCUACUCUGUCAGAAAGAAUAUUUUACGGUCGUCAAGCUCGGUCUCGCUGAAUGGGCUCAGUAUACGGCCCUGAAUCUGGUCAGCGACACCAAGCCCUGGUGGCGCUCAUCCGGAUUGUCCAUUCAUACCCCCUGGGAUACCUUUGAAACCGACUUCCUCAACUUUCACACUCCUCCCAGCGCCAUUGCUGCCGCCCGUGAAGCACUCGCCUUUUACACGCACGAUUUUCGCCUCCUAAUCCGCCAUGUCCCCACCCUUGACAAGGGCCUUGAGCCUAACACCAGCAAAGAGGUCAAGCUGAAACAGCCCGUCACCUCGGAAAUUGCUAUCACCCAAGUGACCCCGAUUCACCCCAUCUUGUAG